UCAUUAAUCUUUCUCUCACUUGGAGUCUUUUGGGUCUUCCCCACUUGGAGUCUUCUUGUGUAUCCUAGACUUUUUCCAAGAUUAAAUUUCUCCUUACAUCACAUUUCUUUCUAAUAUAACAACCAGACGAAACCCCGUGUGUAGUUGUGUUUCUCAUUGCCAAUAAGCUAUGCAUGCCUUCAUCUUCUUCAUCCUCUUCUUUACUUCCAUCUUUCUUGAAACAGAAGCCUCCGGUGAAAUCUGCAAAACAAAGAAAUGUGCUGUUGGGGCUCCCAAAAUUCAGUUUCCUUUCCAAUUAAAAAGCCAGCAGCCCCAACACUGUGGUCUCCCUGGUUUUGAUCUUGACUGCAGCAACAACAGAACCACGAUCCACAUCCCGUCUUAUGGUGACUUGAUUGUGAAAUCUAUCUCCUACGAUAUCAAGAAACUUGAGCUCCUUGACCCCAAGAAUUGUGUUCAUGGAGUCUUUCUUAAUCUCAAUCUCUCCCUUACACCAUUUCAAUACUACUAUGUCAUGAAAGAGUACUCGUAUCUCAAUUGUUCGGUUAGGCUGUCAAAAUGUUUCAGAGAAGUUCCCUGCUUGAGUGGCUCUGGCUACCAUGUUUACACUGUUAAGCCUACUUUCGCUAUACCAAAUUCUUGCAGGGUGGUGAAAACUGUUCCUAUUCCUUUUGAGUAUAGUCCCUAUCUGAGUGACAAUAGCUUCGGUCUGGGAUUAACCUGGAACUUACUUGGGCAUGAAGAUUCUCAUGAAGCAAAAGUAGGGUCAUUGCAGACUCGAACAGAACAAGAAACUGAUUGCUUCACUAUCGCACAUGUUAAAGUGUGUAUUGCAAUUCUUAUUUUCGUGGCGGCAGCAGUUAUUAUAAGAGUAAACAUGAAUCAAUCCAGAAAACUACAUUAUCAGAAACAAGGGGAAAAUCAAAUUCAGGUUGAGAAACUACUGGGAGAGUACAGAGCCAAUAAGACCGGAAGAUAUCAUGAAGCUGAUCUCAAGCAAAGCAACAGUCAGUGUGAAACAGUUAUGGACAUUAAAAUCAUGAAGAACCAGAAAGUGCAAGUAUGAGAUUUAAAGUCAAAAAAAUAUCCACCAUGUUAAGAUGCAGUUGUGAUGUCACAACACCUAUGGAAAGAAGAUCAGGCCAAUACACAACAGGCAUUUAUCUACUAAGGAUCCUUUGGCUACUGACUUUUCAGUUAUGUAAUAGAAUAGAGAUACCCUACAUUUUUACCUGUUUCAGUUGCUAUUGCUGAAUAAUCAUCCACAGUUGAAGCA